AUGAGUUCAUCAGGUAACUUACCAUACAACGAUAUACCUAAGAAAUACAUUGAUCCUAUUCCUGUGAAGGAUAAAGGAGAAGGUUCAAGAGUAAAUGGUAAAGAUUGGAAAAUGAAGAAGGAUGCGUUUAGAGUCAAGACCUUGGGUGUCACUAAAGUCACCAAACCAAGUUCAUUCAAAGAUAGACAACAAAAGAAGCUACAAGAAGAACAAUAUAAAACUAGAUUGAAAGAAUUAAAGGAAGAAAAAGAAAAUACUAGAAAGCAACGAAUAGAAGAUUUGAAACGUAGAAGAGAAAUCAAGGCUGAGAAGGAAAGAUAUGAAAGAAUGGCUGCUACUAUGCAUGCUAAGAAGGUUGAAAGGAUGAGAAAGAGAGAAAAGAGAAAUAAGUUGUUAAAGGAACGUUAG